CCAGGCCAAGGGCUUUGCCUCUUAUUUAACUCGGACCACCAUGCUCAUCCAAUCCGACACCGAAUCAGCCCGACCCAAUUCCUAAAAUCCUCGUUCGUAACCAGCUCCAUUUAGUUUGAGAGCAAUUGGAGAGGAACUAGGUUGUCUUUCACCUUUCACUCUGCGCGAACAGCCAUGGGGAAGGCGAAGAAGAUGAAGAAGCAAGAGGACGGAGAAAGCAAGAACUCUCCGAACUCUGUGUUCGUCUCCAACCUCCCGUACUCUUUCACGAACACUCAGCUUGAAGAAACAUUCAGUGAUGUCGGGCCAAUUAGGCGCUGCUUUAUGGUUACGCAGAAGGGGUCUACCGAACACCGAGGCUUUGCGAUUGUACAGUUUGCCGUUACAGAAGAUGCUAACCGUGCUAUUGAGCUGAAAAAUGGGUCACCUGUUGGAGGACGGAAAAUAGGAGUUAAACAUGCCAUGCGUCGAGCCCCACUUGAGCAACGACGAUCAAAGGGGAAUAAAGUGGUUCACUCAGAUGACAUUAUCAAGUCAGAGAAUGGCAAUGAUGCGUUUUCUUCUGAGAUAGCCAAAACUGGGCAAGUUUCAAAGUCUCAAGAAGCAGGUGAAUCUUCAAAACCUAGGAAGGCAACUGCAAUUUUAAGUAGAGUGGAAAAUGAAGUGCACGGUUCAGAAAAACAGAGGGUUGCUAGGACAGUUAUACUAGGUGGGCUUUGUAAUGCUGGUAUGGCAGAGGAUGUUCACCGACAAGCAAAGGAGUGUGGUACUGUAUGUUCUGUGACUUAUCCGCUUCCGAAGGAAGAGCUGGAACUGCACGGGCUUAUUCGAGAUGGGUGCACAAUGGAUGCUUCGUCUAUAUUGUUUACAAGUGUUAAAUCAGCUUGUGCUUGUGUUGCAAUGUUACACCAAAAAGAGAUUAGUGGUGGAAUUGUUUGGGCACGACAACUAGGUGGAGAGGGUUCAAAGACUCAAAAAUGGAAAAUUAUUGUUAGAAAUCUUCCUUUUAAGGCUACUAUCAAUGAGAUAAAAGAUCUGUUCUCAUCAGCUGGCUUUGUAUGGGAUGUGUUUAUUCCACGAAAUCCUGAGACGGGGUUAUCUAAGGGAUUUGCAUUUAUAAAGUUCACAAGCAAGCAGGAUGUAGAAACCGCCAUUCAGAAGUUUAAUGGGGAAAAAAUUGGUAAAAGAUCCAUUGCUAUUGAUUGGGCUGUUCCAAAGAAAAUUUAUGCUACUGGUGCUCAUCCUGCUGUUGCUGUAGAAGAUGGAAAUGAAAAUAAACAAGAUGAUGACAGUAGUAGUGAUGAUUUGGAGGAUUAUGAUGCAAAUAACAAUGGAAAAACCCAACAAUCUGAUGAGGCUGAUGUUGCUUCUGAUGACUGUGAAAAGAUGGAGGAAGAAGACAUCUCUACUAAAUUUGAUAUUGAGAAGGAAACAGAUGUUGCAAGAAAAGUUCUUAACAAUUUGAUUUCAUCCUCAACUAAAGGAACAUAUGUGUCUCUUGAUAGUGAUUCCAACCUACUUAUGGGAAACAAGCAUGAUGAGACCACUGAUGUACCAAGUAAAACAUCUGAUGGAUCUUCUAGUUUAUCAGGUUUAAGUGUAAUGAAACCUGGGAAUUCUGGGAAAGCCACGCUAAAAAACCUUGAAAUGGCAGAGGAAGAAGACGAUUUAAGGAGAACAAUUUUCAUAAGCAACCUUCCUUUUGACGGUGAUAAUGAAGAAGUGAAACAACGGUUCUCAGUAUUUGGAGAAGUGGAGUCCUUCUUUCCUGUUCUUCAUCAAAUCACGAAGAGACCAAGAGGAACUGGAUUUCUCAAGUUCAAAACAUUUGAUGCAGCUGAUGCUGCAUUUUCAGCAGCCAAUGCUGCAGCUGGUUUGGGAAUACUUCUAAAAGGUAGACAAUUGAAAGUUUUCAGGGCUUUGGACAAGAAAUCAGCUCGGGAUAAGGAACAAGAGAAGGCAAAAAAGGAGGAACAUGACCAUCGUAACCUUUACCUGGCAAAGGAAGGUCUUAUAGUUGAGGGCACUCCAGCUGCUGAAGGAGUUUCGGCCAGUGAUAUGUCAAAGCGUCAAUUGUUAGAAAAGAAAAAGUUGAUUAAGCUUCGAUCUCCAAACUUUCAUGUUUCAAGGACAAGACUUAUCAUAUACAAUUUACCAAAAUCAAUGACUGAGAAAGAACUUACAAAGCUUUGUUUAGAGGCAGUUACAAGCCGGGCUACCAAGCAAAAACCCAUGAUUAGACAGAUGAAGUUAUUGAAGAAUACAAAGAAAGGGAAAGUUAUUGAGAAGAAUCACUCACGUGGAGUUGCAUUUGCAGAAUUUACCGAGCAUCAACAUGCACUUGUUGCAUUGAGAGUUCUUAACAACAAUCCUGAAACUUUUGGCCCUGAACAUCGUCCCAUUGUGGAGUUUGCUCUUGAUAAUGUCCAAACACUGAAGCUCCGUAAGAGUAGGCUCCAAGCUCAGCAGAAGGGUUCGCGGGAUCAUGUAGAAGAUUUGGAGCAAAAUACUGAUUCACAUGAACCCGAUUCUCAUCCACAGAAGAAGUCUAGAAAACGUAAAUCUAAAGAUAAGGAUGACAGAUCAUUGAAGGCUUCUAAAUUUGAAAGAGAAGAUGCAGUGGAAAAGCCAAAAUUGGAAGGACCUGCUACCAAUGAAGGCAUAACUACCAAGAAGCAGAAGGGUAAUUUCACAAGGGGAACCGGAAACAAAUUUUCAUCAGAGGCAAAGCAGCAAAGCUCUAGAAAUAAGGUAAGGAAUGCUCCCAAAAUCCGAUCGCCAGAGGAAGUAGAUCUGCAAAAUAAGAAGAGGAAGCUCCCAGAUCAGGCUGAGAAACAGAAGGAAGGUAUUGGUUCAUCGAAAAGAAAGAAGACGAAGAACAAAGAUCCCUUGGGUCGAGAUGUGGGGGACAAACUUGACAAGCUCAUCGAACAAUAUAAAUCCAAGUUUUCGCAGCAUAACUCUUACAAAAUCGACGGUGAAAAGCAAGGUUCCGGACAGCUUAGAAGAUGGUUUGAAUCAUAAUCCCAUCCCGUGGUAACUUUUUGUAGCUCUGCUGUUGAUUCCUCAUGGAGAGGAGUUGGUGCAAGUAACCACAUUUUGUGAAUUUGAAAUUUUUAUAAUUUUGAAUUACUCUUGAAUUAAGAAUAUCUAUUGUGCUUAA